CACCGCAAAAAAAACGGUGACAUACUUCGCAUCCCCGCCAAAGCCCCCACUUUCCACCGAAUCCACCACCUCUUUCUCCGCCAUCUUCUUCUUCUUCUUCUUCAAAGCUUCAUAAAAUCCCAGUAAAAAAAGAAAGGAAAGAAAUCCCAGAAAUGGGGGUGGAUUAUUACAAUAUAUUGAAGGUAAAUCGCAAUGCAAGCGACGAGGAUUUGAAGAAAGCGUACAGGCGAUUAGCAAUGAUAUGGCAUCCCGACAAGAACCCUACCAGCAACAAGCAAGAAGCCGAGGCCAAAUUCAAGCAAAUUUCCGAAGCUUACGAUGUUUUAAGCGACCCCCAGAAGCGGCAGAUCUAUGAUCUUUACGGUGAAGAAGCCCUCAAAUCCGGUCAAGUUCCUCCGCCGCCUCGUGGCAGUGGGCUCUAUGCUAAUAGGCCCCACCACCACCACCAUAACCAGCAGCAGCAUCCCAACCCGUCUUUCCGGUUUAAUCCUCGGGAUGCUGAUGACAUAUAUGCUGAACUGUUUGGGAAUGAGACGAAUGCUGGUGGUGGCGGUGGCGGUGGGAGUAGUAGCGGGAGGAGCGGUGGGGCUGGGAGGGAAAAUGCUAGUAAUAAUGGGUAUUUCUUUAGGAGUACUACAAUGGGUGGCAGCAGCAGCAGCGGGGCUGGAAAUGCUGGUGGCGGAGUGGGGACUUCUGGAGGUGGUGGGAUGAGGAAGGAGGCCCCGGUGGAGACUGUUUUGAUGUGUAGUUUGGAGGAGUUGUACAAAGGGUCUGUCAAAAAGCUGAAGAUAUCGAGGAGGAUAAUCGAUCGGGCAGGUAAGUUUCGAAAUCUGGAGGAGAUCUUGACUGUUGAUAUAAAGCCUGGUUGGAAGAAGGGAACAAAAAUAACUUUCCCUGAGAAGGGUAACCAGGAACCUGGUGUCAUUCCAGCAGAUCUUGUUUUUGUGGUUGAUGAAAAGCCUCAUUCUAUUUAUGUGAGGGAUGGUAAUGAUCUAGUCGUUAAUCAGGAGAUAACUCUUCUGGAGUCCCUCACGGGAAAGAAUCUGGAAUUGACAACACUGGAUGGUAGGAAUCUCUUGAUUCCGUUAACUGAGAUCGUGAAACCAGGCUAUGAGGUGACUAUCCCUGAUGAAGGGAUGCCAAUCUCAAAGGAUCCUAGGAAGAAGGGAAAUCUGAGGAUCAAGAUUGAUGUUAAGUAUCCAUCAAGACUUUCAGAUGCACAGAAAGCUGAAUUGAGGAGAGUUUUGGGGCCCAGCUCAUGACAACCCCUUUGCUUGCAAGCUUCAGGGAUGACCAGAUUAACACAGGUAGAUAAGACAGUUGUGGGAUGUACAUAGAGUACAAAUAUUCACUUGAGGUGUGUGAAUAGUAGGAAGAAAGCCUUAUAGGGUGGAUGGCAGGGUUACUGCCUUUUUGGGUUGUGUCAUUAGAUAAUCAGUAUUAUUUUGUUCUUUGGCUGGAGCAGAAUGGGACUGCUAAUGUUUUUUAAGUGGGGGUCAGAUGCUCUUAGAGAGAGAGAGAGAGAGAGAGA